CAAAACGAAAUCAAUUCUUGAAACUAAUGCCGCCUGAGACGAAGCGCUCGCUGAUUCAGCUGGCACGGCGCUUGCGCGCCCCGGAAACGCUGAGUGUCCCGGAGUUGCCAGGGGUGCCGCUGCUGCUGCAAAGGUUGGACGUCAGAGACCAACAGCUCUUCGAUGACUUUUGCGCACGAAGUGCUGAGAGGUGGAAGGAGCUCUCCCUGUCUGAGAUGGCGAGCCUUUUCCGCAACACUGAGGAUUACCACCUGCUACACGGCACCAAAGGCACAGCACUUUGUCGCUUGGUGGCCAGCAUGACGGAAGCAUUGGAGCCUCAAAAGCCGCCUCCUCCCAGGGCCUUGGCCUCGCUCUGCCACGGUGCCCUGGCGCCCAAGCGCCGUGCCGCCUGCGCGCCGCUCCUGGCGAAACUGCGUGACGCCCUGGGCGACGGCCGCAGCGUGGAGCUGCGCGGCGCGGAGGCCGUGGAGCUGCUGGCGGCAGCUGGGGAGUUGCACCGGGCGAUUGGUGUCAGCACGCCGACUCUGAGCACCCUGGCCCAGCGAAGCCGCGAAGCCUUGGACGAGGCGCUCUCUCCAGGGCAGCUUUCUUUGAUCGCUCGUGCCUGCGGCCGACUGGGACCGGUGUUACCUGAAGACUCCCACGCACUCUUCGAGGCAUUGGUGGCCGCCCUGAAGCAUCGCCAGGCUCGAGAUCGAGAGCCAGUCUUGCAGGCUUGUCGCCCCUUAGCAGCCGACUUCCGACGUAUUUUGGCCCAAAGUGGCAUGCUGUGGCCUCUAGAUGAGGCAAUCCAAGAUCGUCUCAAAGCGAUUGAGGUGAGACUCCACUUGCUGCAGGACCUGCCAUUGCAUUUCGUGGCUCAUGACCAGAAGAUCGACACCCACGUCACGCAGGUGCUGCUCGAAGCAUUGCAGGAGGUCCACCAAGCACCGUCUUUGACAAGCGUUGCCACUGGCUACAUGGCGGCCACGACGGUGCUGCACAGCCUGGCUCUCGCGGAGGAAACGGGCGAGGUCUGCAAAUCCUUCCAAGACUUGGCUUCAAGUUGUUUGAAUGCUAUGCCUUGGGAAGAAGCGACAUCCAAGGAGGUUCAGCUACUCUUCCGGUCACCGGGUGAUGUGUCGCAGGCGGCUGCACAGAAUGCAACGAAGAUGCAGGACCCACAAGCCCUGGUGGCCCUUUUACAGGCGGCCAAAGCGUUGUCAGAGCCACAGGCGUCCGCUGUGGCGGAAGCUGCGAAGGGAGCGUUGAUUGAGCGUAUCCCUGAGAUGAAGAAUGUGAGCGAACUGUCCAUGCUGGAGGCCGCGACUCGAAAGGGAGUGCCAGAGGCGCUUUCGGAAGUGCAGAUCCAACUGCGCGAACGCCUCCGCCGGCGGCUCUACCGUGCGGUGCAGGAGCGCGAUCCAGUCUUCGACGCGCGGCCACAUCGAGGCUAUAUCAGCUACGUGGAGAAGUGCAUGGCCAAAGAUCGCAGGCCGCUUGAGGCAUUUGCGGAGCCAUCCUCUACAGAAGAUCACAAGGCUCUGAAGUCGAUCCAGGUGACCGAAGGAUCCACCGGAGCUGGCCAAGCGAUCCAACGAACUCACCGAGUCCGUUGGCACGAAGGAGUGGAAGCCUAUGAGGCGAUUCCGACCGCGUGGCCGGUCGUGGGAGGCGGUGCUGGAGGUGGGUGGCCGGCGGGUCCUCGGUGGCUACUUCAAGCCGUGCGGGCAUCAGAGGAGGAACGGAGGAGGUACGGGAUGCCACGGGCGCCUUCAGAUCAUGAAGGUGGAACGGUGACAAACCCACAACAAACAUCCCUCCAGACUUUGCACGAGCAUGGUGUUGGUUUACGUAAAUAUGUUCAUGAUGCUUCAUGUCGUAGUUGAUGGCUGUGACCCAGCGGACGAUGUCCUCCAUGUUCCGAGCGUGACAUUCACAGAGAUCUGGAGACAUCUGACCGACGGAGGUCCGUAAGUGAAUGCUCGAGCUGAGCUACGAGCUACGAGCUACGAGCUGCUCUAGAGUACCAAGUUGAGAAAGCUUUGCUUUUUUGGGGGGG